GCUUGGCUGGCUACGGGCAGAGUUGGCUGAACACCCCCUCCUCUCCCUCUCUUUCUCUUUUCAGCUGCCGCGAUAUUUUCCAGCUCUGGAGCCUCAACCGCACAGCUCGAUCGAUUCGCAUUGAUUGUCCCUGACGAGCUGCUCCACUUUCUAGCCAAUGUCAGCCAGUCUGCGAUCGGGAAGGAGAGAAAUGAAGGAAAAUCUCUGCCGCCCUGGCGGUGUCAUUUCCACACACUUGGGUUGGCCGCCUGCCAGCAGACAGGACAGUCGAAAGAAAUGGAGUGGACUUUAGGACUGAGCGAGAGGAGGCGGAACCGGGACUGAGGCGGAUAUUUUUUGUAACCUUUGCAUCGUAAAUAACCUCCAUUCUCCGCAUACAUUGAUGGACAGACACUCUACAGGAUUGUCUUCUCAGAGGAGAAGCUGUUUUUCCUGCCCCUUUCUUUUUUUUUCUUUUUUUUUUUUGGUCACCAUUCGGCACGGCAGGCUGAGAGACGGACCGCUCGGACUGUGGGAGCCCUCCCCUCUGCUCGGAUCAGCUUUGUUUCCUAAUGGCAAAUGGAAAAGCGUGGAUGAGGGCUGAGCUGUAGAGGGGGCAGAAGGCUUCGGGGCCUGCCUGUCGUUGGCUGUCUGAUUGGUCCACUCAGGUGAGACACCUCUCUCAUCGGGGCACAGAACGGACCGGGAGAAAGUCCUUCCACAUUUACCCCUGCCCCCUUUUUACCCUCACCCCCAACCCAGGCACGUACGCUCUGGACCAUGUCUAACGGGCUGUCGGAAGGGGGCCAGACAGAGGACCUGGAGCGGAGUAGCUGCAAACAGGACUCUCCUGUCAUAGAGCGCAGGAAUCGCAGUGGCAUCAUCAGCGAGCCCCUCAGUAAGAGCCUUAAGAACUCUCGUACCCUAUCCCAGUACACAGCAGUCUCCUCUGCUAACACCAAUGGACACACGGACAACAAUGCGACUAAAAGCCACUCGGCUAAGCCUCAGCCACCCCCACCGCCCCAACCCACUGUCUCUGCACUGACAGCAGCCAAGUUGGACCGAACCUUGGAGCAGGUUCUGGAGGGACAGAAUGGCCUGCUGCACUUUGCUCAGGCAGCAGCACUGUUAAAGAGAGCCGGUAUGGAGCACAUGCUACUGCCUGGGGGCAUGGGGGUGGGAGUUGGCGGUGGAGAGGCAGGCUCGGGGGCUAGCGACUUGGAGGGUACGUCUGUCACGGACGCCGUAGGUGGUCCUGUUGACUUCCCAUAUGGAGUAGGAGGUGGCUUCCCCUUCAACCCAGGGCUUUUCAUCAUGACGCCGGCUGGAGUGUUUCUGGCGGACAGCGCGUUACACAUGGCCGGCCUUGCCGAAUAUCCAGCACAGAGUGAGCUGGCCUCUGCUAUCAACUCCGGUAAAAAGAAACGAAAACGUUGCGGCAUGUGUCCACCUUGCCGAAGGCGGAUUAACUGCGAGCAAUGCAGCAGCUGCCGGAAUAGAAAAACGGGCCACCAGAUCUGCAAGUUUCGCAAAUGUGAGGAGCUGAAGAAGAAGCCUUCUGCUGCUCUGGAGAAGGUGAUGCUUCCCACAGGAGCGGCGUUCCGGUGGUUCCAGUAGGACUCUUCCUCCACUCCCUACCCAAAGCUCUGCCAUCAAGUGCAAUGCCAACUCCUGGAUUGUGUCCGGAACAGACACUGGUUAAUAGACAAAAUAGCAAGAAAUAAAAUUAUAGAAAAAAACAAAACCAACAAAAAAACAAAACACAAAAAAAAAAAGAAAACAAAGCAGUAAAAAAAUCAAUCAGAUAAUGGAUGCACCUACUUAUUCCUUGAACCAAAAAUGAAGCGUUAAGAAAAGCAUCUAUGGCAACUUUCAUUCCCUUUUCUAUGUUUCCAUUUUGGUACUUUUUGUCCUUUUCCCCAGCAGGUUUUUUUCUGUCGCUUGAACAUGGAACUGCUCAUUGCCAGAAACAGAAAUGACGGACUGAGUGUGGACAAUCAACUUAUUUCUGUGUUUGGUGUUAAUGUUGUUCAUGUGUGGAAAGAUACAGUACUUGUGUAGAGAAUGUAAAUUUACAGCUAUAUUUUAAAACUAGUGGCUAAUGGCAAACGUUAUUGUAAUUCCUCACCAUUAUGUUACUUAAACCCUUGUCUAUUUUAUGAUUAUUCUGUCGAAGGGUAUAGUUUCCUGACAGAUCAGUGGAUGUCCUUUGAAAGACAGGAAAAUGUUUCAAAUUGUGAUGCUGUCAAUUUCAGAUUGAAAUGCAACACAAGAUUAUUAAUGGGCAGAGCUCCAGCGAGCCUUCACUGGGCUGAAGCUGCUUUUUGCCAGAGCCGUCACUACUGUAAUCUCCUCAAUAAGCCCUCCUCUGCAUUUCUAAACUUUCCCUUUUUAGUGAAACUGGCAGCCUUAUGUUACUGUGGCCCUACUGAGCAAGUGCCAAUACUGCUCAGGGCAAUAGCACCAAGAGACAGCACUUGCGCUGAGUCUACCCUACUGAACGCACUGAGAAAAGAUUGCAUUUUUUAAAAGAUUGUUUGUUUAUUUGUUAUAUUUUCAUGAUUUUGUUAUGUUGCUGGGUAGCUACAGCUUUGAAAAAUAACCAAUCUUUGUAUUUGUUUAGAAAAUUGGACUGGUUUUGUGAAUAAAAAGGAAUGCAUGUAUUUGUGUCAAAAUUUAAGGUUCUGAUGUUUGUCUAGUUGUCUAUCUGCAUGUAUUUUUUUAAACAGCUGUUUUGACUGACUAAAAUAUUAAGUAUACAUUUUCCCACUGGUUAAGAGACAUGUUCCCUUUUCUUUUAUAAAUGGAUGCUAUGGAAAAAUUCCUACUCCAGCAGAAGUCAUUAAAAGUAAAGCAGGUGGUGGUAUGGA